UUUCAGUUUGACUUUCUCGCUUGUUGAAUAAAUACACAGGAAAUGUUUAUUUAAAAUAAAAUACCUAUUAAGAAAUCUACAAACAUCCUUAAAGUUUUAAAAGUCCACCAAAUAAGGCACCAAUAUUUUUAAAAUGGAUUUAGCAAAAUUAUUAGAAGAUCUUCCUUGGAUAAAACUUGACUGGUGUUUUCCGAGCAUGACCCAAGAGACCAAUGAACUUAUUCAGAAAUGCACUGAAAUACCUGAAAUUGAACCAGACCCUGAAGUUGAUGAAAUUAUUGAGAGAAGCAAGAAUUUUCCUAUACCUUUCCCGAUUCAGACUGUGAGAUUGGAGAAACUGAAGGAGCAUCGUCCCAUAGACAGAUUAAAGAGGAAUAUUUCAGAGACAUAUCCUAUUAUACACGAGAGGGUCUUGUUGCUGAUGGCACACUUUUUAAUAUAUAAACGUGAACAUGGCAGUAGUAUAGAGAAAGAAUUAUACAGAGACAUGACCAUACCAGAGCUUAUUGAUCGAUUAUUACUGAAAAGAGCCGUAUCGUUUAUGGGAGCUCGCGAUGCAUAUAUGUUAAUGAGUGGCAAGAAGGGCGUCGAUGGUUGGGAGAACGUGGGGACCCCGGCGGAAACAGAGCCGCUGGUGUUGAAAGACGUGCUCAGCUACGAUGAGAUAAAGCUCUCUGCUUUUUUGUUCGUGAGCGGACCCACCGAGUGCAUCAACAGUGGCUCCAGGAGGAACUGCGGCGUUCUAGACGACGAUGACAUCGAGAAGGAAGCCAUUAUCAUAGGAGCCAUAGGGCCGCGCUUCAAGCGGUUGAAUCGAAUGGACUACGAGGACAUGGUGAUAUCGAAAACGCAGAACACUGCAGAGCGCGGCUACGGCGAGCACGAGGCGCCGACCAGAUGCAUGGACGUACUGCGACACACGUACACGCGCGACGCCAGCCUCGCCAAGCACGCCUGGAGGCAGCUGUGGGCCGAGCUGUACCAGGUGCACAGCUACACGUACGAGGAGCUGAGCGCGCGGCUCGCGGGGGCGGCCUCGGACCGCUACGUGAAGCUGCCGCGGGGGGGCGCCUGGUUCGACAACGAGGUCUACUACAAGCGGAUCUGCAUCCUCGCGGAGACCGUGCUGCUGGAGGCCGAGGGGCGGGCUCGAGGCCGGAGCGUGUUCCUCAACGUGGUGGGCUGCGGACUGGGAGUGUGGAAGAUAUCCCCUCACCAGACCGACGUGUACGUGCUCACCUUCCUCGAACGCAUCCGCGCCAUGCUGGACGAGGAGGCACUCGAUCACAUCACAGACGUCAACUUCGCCUAUAUUGGUACUUCAAAGAGUGUUACAGCUUUAUUCGCGGAUCGAAGUGAAGACAAAGAGAGUGCCGCUAAGAUAAUGUUUCUGAAGAACGAGAGACAUCCGAAGGGUACGUGUAUAAUGUUUUUUUUUCUUUCGAUUAUUGACAUUCCUAAUUCGCGGGAUUCCCCAGUUUAAACAAGUGACUUGAAUGAAAGGAAAGUCUUAGGAGUCUAUUAUGUACAUGAAGCGGUGGUCUAAGUGGUAAGAAG